AUGGUUGGUGAAAUUAACUUUAUGGAAGCCCUUGAAUUGUUUAAGUGGAAUGCUUUCAAAAACAAAGAAGUUGAUCCAUGUUACAAGGAAGUCACAGAGCGUGCAAUGUAUUAUGCCAAUGGCCUUCCAUUGGCUUGGGAAGCUAUAGGCUCGAACUUGUUUGGAAAAACCUUGGAUGAGUGGGAAUCUACAUUAGAAACUUAUGAGAGAAUUCCAAAUAGAGAUGUUCAGGAAGUUCUUAAAGAUAGCUAUGAUAGAUUGGAGGCUUCUCAGCAAGAAAUGUUUCUUGAGACAACUUGCUUCUUUAGUGGACGGUCUCGUAGAUACGUUAGAAAUACGCUUGAGGCAAGAGGUGGUGUUUGUCCACAAUUUGGUCUGAAAGUGCUGGAAGAAAGAUCUCUCAUUAAAAUUCGGAAAUGUCCGCAUGAUACUAUGGAAAUGCAUCACAUAUGGGAAAAGAAAUAG